AUGGCAGAAUUCAUGGAGCUGGAAGGGCAGGACGUUCGGAUGGCGUGGAAUGUGGUGCCAGGGACAAAGCAAGAGGCAAGCAACUGUGUGGUGCCCGUGUCAGCCAUAACCCCGAUCAAACCAUUUCCCAACAUGCCGGUCCUACCCUAUGCUCCUCUCCGCUGCCGCAACUGCCGCGCUGUACUCAACCUCUCCAUCGUGGAUUUCGCUGCCAAGAUUUAUCUGCCCUUCUGCUUCCAGCGUAAUCACUUCCCUCCCCACUAUGCCUCCAUCUCAGAUGAAAACCUCCCUGCUGAGCUUCCUCAGUACACAACCAUUGAGUACCAAUCCCCUGGUGAAGCCUCCUCCCUUCCUCCUGUCUUCAUGUUUGUGCUCGACACCUCCAUCAUCGAAGAGGAAAUGGCAUUCCUCAAGUCAGCCUUGUCACAGGCCAUCGGCCUCUUGCCGGACAACUCUCUUGUUGGCUUGAUCACCUUUGGCACUCUCGUCCAUGUGCAUGAGCUUGGCUUCGGAGCCAUUCCUAAAACCUAUGUCUUCAAGGGCUCAAAGGAUGUCUCCAAAGACCAGCUUCUUGAGCAGAUGUGCUUUUUCCUGAAUAAGCCCAAGCCCACCACUGGUGUGAUUGCUGGUGCCAGGGAUGGCUUGUCUUCUGAGAGCAUUGCACGAUUCCUUCUGCCUGCUUCUGAGUGCGAGUUUGCCCUCAAUUCGGUCUUGGAGGAGCUCCAAAAAGAUCCUUGGCCCAUUCCUGUUGAUCAACGGGCCCCCAGGUGCACCAGCACUGCCUUGAGUGUGGCUGCCAGUUUGUUGGGUGCCUGCGUCCCCGGUUCUGGAGCUCGGAUCAUGGCUUUUAUUGGUGGCCCCUCAACUGAAGGUCCCGGUGCUAUUGUGUCAAAGAAUCUAUCUGAACCAAUACGUUCUCACAAGGACCUGGAUAAAGAUUCUGCUCCCCAUUAUCACAAAGCUGUUAAGUUCUAUGAAGCACUUGCUAAGCAGCUUGUGCACCAAGGACAUGUGCUCGAUCUCUUUGCUUGUGCCCUCGACCAGGUUGGUGUUGCUGAACUUAAAGUUGCUGUCGAAAGAACCGGGGGACUUGUUGUGCUUGCAGAAAGUUUUGGCCAUUCAGUAUUUAAGGACUCUCUUAGGCGUGUUUUCCAGUCAGAGGAGAAGGAUCUUGGAAUAUCUUCAAAUGGUAUAUUUGAGAUAAACUGUUCAAAGGACAUCAAAGUUCAGGGUAUUCUUGGGCCCUGCGCAUCUCUUGAAAAGAAAGGUCCUUUGUGCUCUGACACCAUUGUCGGGCAGGGGAGCACCAGUGCAUGGAAAAUGUGUGGCCUUGAUCAAGCUACAUCUUUAUGUUUAAUAUUUGAAAUUGUUAAAAAGGACAUUCCUGAUUCUACUGUUCAGUCCUCAAGCAAUCAAUUCUAUUUCCAAUUUCUAACAUAUUACCAGCAUAGCACCGGCGAAAUGAGACUUCGUGUUACAACUCUUUCAAGAAGAUGGGUUGCUGGACCUGGAAGCAUACAGGACUUGAUUGCUGGAUUUGACCAAGAAGCAGCUGCUGUAGUAAUGGCACGCUUUGUGUCUUUCAAAAUGGAAAUUGAGGCUGAAUUUGACCCUAUAAGAUGGUUGGAUAAAGCGUUGAUACAUAUAUGUUCUCGGUUUGGGGAUUACCAAAAGGAUAGCCCAUCUUCUUUCAGCCUGUCUCCAAGGUUUUCAAUAUUUCCUCAGUUCAUGUUUCAUUUACGGCGUUCGCAGUUUGUCCAGGUCUUCAAUAACAGCCCUGAUGAGACGGCAUACUUUAGAAUGAUCCUGAAUCGGGAAAAUGUUGCCAAUUCAGUUGUGAUGAUUCAACCUUCACUGAUUUCCUACUCAUUUCAGUCUGUUCCAGAACCAGCAUUGCUUGAUGUGGCUGCCAUUGCAGCUGACAGGAUCCUUCUUUUGGACUCUUAUUUCACUAUUGUUAUUUUUCAUGGCUCAACUAUCGCUCAGUGGCGAAAAGCUGGAUACCACAAUCAACCUGAGCAUCAGGCUUUUGCUCAGUUGCUGCAAGCUCCUCGUGGUGAUGCAGAUGCAAUAAUUAAGGAAAGGUUUCCAGUUCCUCGACUAGUCAUUUGUGACCAGCAUGGCUCACAGGCUCGUUUUCUUCUGGCAAAGUUGAAUCCUUCUGCGACAUAUAACUCGGAUGGUCAUCAUCCGGAUGGAGACAUCAUCUUUACCGACGAUGUCAGCUUUGAGGUGUUCUUGGAUCAUCUCCAGAGAUUAGCAGUUCAGUAAAAUAGGAUAGCCACAGCCAGCCAAUUUUGUAAAAUUUCUCAUUUUAUUUUUUGUACAGUUGACCAUAAAUUGGUUUAAUUUCUGAAUUUGGGCCUUUAUAUUUUAAUUUCAAUCCCCACGGAAUGCGUAGAUGCUAGAUUA